CUCUCACAAAAACAGAGCCUCUUCAAAGUUUUGGUGAGCAAGAUUGUGAUCAGUUGAAAUGCAGAAGGAGAUUUCUCAAUCCAAUGUCGACAAUGACAACAACAAUUCCAAGUCCAACAACUCAUCACCACAGUACCUAUCUCAAAAUCCACUUCUCUCUCCAUCGCAGAACCAGACAAUCGAUUUCUUCCCCUCCUUCUCUCCGUCGAACUUCUCCGACGACGACGGCGUCGCUUUGGCCACCGAGAUUGAGAACCGCCUCUAUCGGCCGAGCGUCAUGCUAGAGUACCAGCAACUGUACAAUCGCAACGCAAUGUGUCUCGCUCAUCUCCAGGAAUCGAUGAAAGAAGUUGACGCUCUUCGUCUAGAGAAUGAUGAACUCCGAUUGGCUAACACGGCUCUGGUCAGGCGUCUGAGCCUCUUCUCACAGGCGACGAUUCAGAACUGUAUGCUCUCCUCCGGUCAUCCUCCUCGGUCUUUCUUCAACGAUUUCCAUCGUCUCGAUAUGGGAGGCAUUGACAGUCGCGUCGCCGGAGAAGUUUCUGAUGUGAGUCCGACCAGCGUGAUCGAGCACAACCGGGGAGAGCGAAGGAGCGCCGAGAGAGUUUCGCUGCCGAAAAGCAUUUCCGUUCGUUCCAGUGGCUAUCUGAAGAUGAAUCAACGCGGCAGAGAGAGUGUCGGUCCAAGUCGCGGCGCCACCAGUCACCGCCGUGUCCCGAGUCCAGUCCCUAACGAAUCGCAAAGAAUGUAUGUGCCAAGAGGGAAGAAAGAGGAGGAGGCACUGGAGUUCGAGGUGUACAACCAGGGGAUGCAGAAGACAGAGCUGUGCAACAAAUGGCAGGAGACCGGGGCGUGCCGGUACGGCGACCAGUGCCAGUUCGCUCACGGCAUCAAGGAGCUCCGUCCGGUGAUCAGGCACCCGCGCUACAAAACCGAGGUAUGUCGCAUGGUUCUGGUUGGUGGCUCCUGCCCUUAUGGCCAUCGUUGCCACUUCCGUCACACCCUCACUGAGCAGGAGAAACUCUUGGGCCACUUUUGACGGUCUUGACCAUAAUCAGAAUUAAUAAAUUGUAAAUGCAGAAAACACACACAAAAAUUAAAUAUAUGAUGAUGUGGUCAACAACUAUGGAUAUUUUGGGUACAUUGCAUGAACUAUGUAAAUGCUGGGUUGGGUUUUUCAGAUACUGAUUCUAAUGAUGAUAUUUUCACAUGCCUUGACAUGCAAUGCAUGUUUCAUUGCAGUUAUUCUCUUUUUUUGGGUUCUAUAUUAAUUAGCAUAGACUGCAUGUGAGUAACGGUGUGUAUUUCUCACCAUUAUUUAAAUAAAUUAUUAGAGAUAUUACAAAUCAAUUGAAAAAAUUGU